UCUGCACUCGCAGCAAGAAGAGCAGCAGCACACACAUACGCUGCAAACCCGUUAGUUAUGGGAGGUAGGAAGCGCUACGUGAUGAACCCGUUCCCGUCGAUGGAACUGUCGGCGGGGGACAAGGUGCAGAUGCAAAAGACUGCCAGCGGCUUUCUCGCGGAAUGUCUGUACUCGUACGAGACGUUUCUCAAGGAAGGCGGCCACAACGUGGACGAGCGUCGCUGGAAGCCGCUCAAGACGAGAGAAAACCUGCGACUGUUUCUAGAGCGGGAGGUGCGUACGACCACGGACGGGAGCCACUACAUGAUGAACGAGGCGUCGGAACAGGCUGGUACGCCCGUGUCGCUGUGUAUCGGCAAGAUGCAGGGCACGCUGGACGACGUCGUGUUCGGCACAGUGAGCACGACGUCGGAGGACAUGUGCUUCAAUGCGACGUACGUGGACGACCUCACCGGUGCAGCGGUACUGGCUACCGUCGUGGAACCUACGAUCGAGGACCCGUUGACGACGCUCGCGCUGAAAUGGCAGGAACUGGACCUGCUGCUACACUCGAACAAGCGCGACUUUGUGUUCAUGGAGGCUACGGGUUUCACGCAACUGGGCAACGGCGAACGCGUCGGGUACCGGUUGAUGUAUUCGAUCGGGUUUCCGCAGACGCCGGAGCUGCCGAACCGCGUUCGCGCCAGCGUCAACGUCUUCUUCCUGUACCGCCAGGAGCACGACCAGUGCGUCGAGAUGUACUCGUCCGGCGUCGUCGCGAACGGCUCCAGCGUCGAAUCGUUCCUGGUCACGGCGUCGGCUAUGAAGUUUUUCACGGCGUUAAAGUUCGCACACUGCGGUGAGAUGAAGAAGCUCACGUGGCUCAUACACCGCCGCUAUGCGCUGGACAAGCAGCGCGGCGCGCCUAUCAACGAGGGCGAGUGCGUGAGCUGCGGUAUCCCCAUCAGCUCCAAGAUCUUCGGCAAGUUCGGCCGCUCUCGGGACUCUUGCAAGCUCUGCCAUCGUCUCGUAUGCGGCACGUGCCGUGUCAAGAAGCGUCUGAACUUCGUGACGCUUGAAAUGACGUUCGAGGAGCGCAAGACGUCGUUCUGCCCCUCGUGCAUCAAGGAAGCUUUUGAAAUUAACACAGCAGACGCCGCCCGCGCACAAAUUGCGGGCAAUAAUUCGCAGUACGCCUUCCAUUCCGGUACGGACUACUCCUUCGCGUCCUCCUCUGACUCGGAGCGUACCGUGUAA